AUGAAUACAACAAUAAGUACACCAAGUGCACUAAUUAAACCAGGUGAGGCUGAUAAUUUUGCUGUGCAAUUCAAACAUGGUUGUCAAUUAUUUCGAUUCUAUUCAAGUAUUAUUCUUGUUAUUGUCGGUAUGAUUGGUUCUUUACUUUCAAUAAAAGUGUUUUCCUCAACAAAAAUUCGUCGCAAUUCAUCUAAUGAAUAUCUUAUAACAAUGAGCUUUAUUGUGGCAUUAUUAUUAUUCAAUUUUUUUUGCGAUGAAGUACUUCGUUCAAUUGUACAUGACUUUCAUGUGGAUUUACCAUUAAAUCUCGUCGAUCUCAGCCGACCGCUUUGUAAAUGUUCAACAUAUUUUCGUCAUACAUUACGUUUUUCAGCUCAUUGGAUAGUGGUAGCUUUUACAUUAGAACGUCUCAUUGUCGUCUAUUUUCCUUUACAAACAUCUGUAUUAUGUAAUCCACGUAGUGCUCGACGAAUUUGUUUAUUUAUUUUAGUAGUUUCAUUUCUAUUGCCAUUCUAUUCAUUUAUUAUGUCUGAUGUUAGUAUUGACGAUAAAAAUCAGCUUUCUGAAUGUGAUAUAAUGAAUAAAUUCAAGAAAAUUUAUUUCUAUUUAACAAUCAUCUACGGAAAUUUAACAUUAACAUUUCCAAUACUCAUUGUGUGCGUUGUUAACACUUUGACGGUUCGACAAUUGCUACGUGCCGGACGUUUAAGGAAGCAACAGCAAGAACUAAAUCAAACAAAAAGAGUCGACAGCGCAAAUAAAGACUAUGUUAAUAUGAUCGUUAAAAAUCAACUUGAGAACGAUAAAGUAACCUGGAUGCUCGUUGUUAUAUCGAUAACAUUCGGUAUACUAAAUUUUCCGUAUUUUAUCCUAUGGUUAAUUGUUUGUAUAAUACGUGUACGUGGCAACACACCAUCGGCAUAUAUUGAAUCGGGGAAAAUGAUUGCCGAAGUUUUUUAUUUACUUCAUUAUAGUUUAUAUUUUUUUCUAUAUGUUAUAUCGCGACGAAGUUUUCGUAAGGUACUAAUUGAAAAAAUGCGUUGGCGUUGUGAUUGUUUUGAUCAAUGGCGUUUAAAUGAGAUGCGCAUCGAUGCGGCAUUAAAUUCAAAGCAACCUCCACAGCCACCGACAAUACGAAAUGGCAUUAACAACGCGAGCAUAACAAGUCGAACAUCAAUAACUCAUUUACGAGCGGGUUCAACUCGUCAUGGGCCAACAAAUAAUCAUACAAAAAAAAUUAAUAAAGAUUUAUCAAAUCCGUUGAUGUUAACUGAACACAUGAAUACUGUAUACCCUUUUGAUGUUGGAAAUGCUGUUUAA